CAAAGGGUCUCACCUGGGUGAAGUCCCUGGGGACCUGGGAUUUAUCAUCACUCUUGAGCUCACUCUUUAGAUGGUAACUAAUGCAGGAGAAGCCGGCUUGGGGCAGAUUGGCUCUUGGCCUGCUCUGAGUUGACUGGCACCCACACAUAAGGGGUAUGGGCCUGUUGAUUCUGGGUUAAUGGAGGGACGCCGAGUCCGUGAGCCACUACCCCAAGGUGUGCAUCUGCAGAGUGCCCGCCCAUUGGGAUGGAAUCACACCGCAUCGAGGACAACCAGAUCCGCGCCUCUUCCAUGCUGCGCCACGGCCUCGGAGCCCAGCGCGGCCGGCUCAACAUGCAGGCUGGUGCCAAUGAAGACGACUACUAUGACGGGGCGUGGUGUGCUGAGGACGAGUCACAGACCCAGUGGAUUGAGGUGGACACCCGAAGGACGACUCGCUUCACAGGCAUCAUUACUCAGGGCCGGGACUCCAGCAUCCAUGACGACUUUGUGACCACCUUCUUCGUGGGCUUCAGCAAUGACAGCCAGACCUGGGUGAUGUCCACCAAUGGCUAUGAGGAAACGACCUUCCAUGGGAAUGUGGACAAGGACACACCUGUACUGAGCGAGCUCCCUGAGCCGGUGGUGGCCCGGUUCAUCCGCAUCUAUCCGCUCACCUGGAACGGUAGCCUGUGCAUGCGCCUGGAGGUGCUAGGCUGCCCCGUGACCCCUGUCUAUAGCUACUAUGCACAGAAUGAGGUGGUGACCACAGACAGCCUGGACUUCCGGCAUCACAACUACAAGGAUAUGCGCCAGCUGAUGAAGGUUGUGAAUGAGGAGUGUCCUACAAUUACCCGCACAUACAGCCUGGGCAAGAGUUCACGGGGGCUCAAGAUCUAUGCAAUGGAAAUCUCGGACAACCCUGGAGAGCACGAGCUUGGGGAGCCUGAGUUCCGCUACACAGCUGGGAUCCACGGCAACGAGGUGCUAGGCCGAGAGCUCCUGUUACUGCUCAUGCAGUACCUGUGCCACGAGUACCGUGAGGGCAACCCCAGGGUGCGCAACCUGGUGCAGGACACGCGCAUCCACCUGGUGCCCUCGCUGAACCCUGAUGGCUAUGAGGUGGCGGCGCAGAUGGGCUCGGAGUUUGGGAACUGGGCGCUGGGGCUGUGGACUGAGGAGGGCUUUGACAUCUUUGAGGACUUCCCUGAUCUCAACUCUGUGCUCUGGGCAGCUGAGGAGAAGAAAUGGGUCCCAUACAGGGUCCCGAACAAUAACCUGCCAAUUCCUGAACGUUACCUGUCCCCGGAUGCCACGGUAUCCACAGAAGUCCGGGCCAUCAUUUCCUGGAUGGAGAAGAACCCUUUUGUGCUGGGAGCAAAUCUGAAUGGUGGUGAGCGGCUUGUGUCUUACCCCUAUGACAUGGCCCGGACACCUAGCCAGGAGCAGCUGUUGGCCGCGGCACUGGCAGCUGCCCGCGGAGAAGAUGAUGACGAGGUAUCUGAGGCCCAGGAGACUCCAGAUCAUGCCAUUUUCCGCUGGCUGGCCAUCUCGUUUGCCUCUGCCCAUCUCACCAUGACAGAGCCCUACCGGGGAGGGUGCCAGGCCCAGGACUACACCAGCGGCAUGGGCAUUGUCAACGGGGCCAAGUGGAACCCUCGCUCUGGGACUUUCAAUGACUUCAGCUACCUGCACACUAACUGCCUGGAGCUCUCCAUAUACCUGGGCUGUGACAAGUUCCCCCAUGAGAGUGAGCUGCCCCGAGAGUGGGAGAACAACAAAGAGGCGUUGCUUACCUUCAUGGAGCAGGUGCACCGUGGCAUUAAGGGUGUGGUGACAGAUGAGCAAGGUGUUCCCAUCGCCAAUGCUACCAUCUCUGUGAGUGGCAUCAACCACGGUGUGAAGACAGCAAGUGGAGGUGAUUACUGGCGCAUUCUGAACCCGGGUGAGUACCGCGUGACAGCUCAUGCAGAGGGCUACACCUCAAGUGCCAAGGUCUGCAACGUGGACUAUGAUAUCGGGGCCACCCAGUGCAACUUCAUCCUGGCUCGCUCCAACUGGAAGCGCAUUAGGGAGAUCUUGGCUAUGAACGGGAACCGUCCCAUUCUGCGAGUUGACCCCUCACGACCCAUGACCCCCCAGCAGCGGCGCAUGCAGCAGCGCCGUCUUCAGUACCGGCUCCGGAUGAGGGAACAGAUGCGGCUGCAUCGCCUCAAUUCUACCACAGUCCCUGCCACAAGCCCCACUCCUGCCCUUACGCCUCCCCCUUCCCCUACACCAGCCAUUACCUCGAGGCCCUGGGAAGUUCCACCCACUACCACUGCAGGCUGGGAGGAAUCAGAGACUGAGACCUAUACAGAAGUAGUGACAGAGUUUGAGACAGAGUAUGGGACUGACCUGGAGGUGGAGGAGGUAGAGGAGGAGGUAGAGGAAGAGGAGGAGGAGGAGGAGAUGGAUACAGGUCUCACAUUUCCAUUCACAACAGUAGAGACCUACACAGUGAACUUUGGGGACUUCUGAGACUGAGAACCCAAAGCCCUGGCCCAAUUCCAACUAAAGCAGCAUUUCCCAAGCCUGUGCUGGCAGACACAGCCAUCAGAUGCCCCUGGUGGGCCCUGCUCUCCCAGUGUGGGACAUCAAAGCCACUGGGACCAGAGUCUGUGCAGAAGCCCCAGUUCUAUCUGCUGGCCACUGGGGGAGGGGCAGGCAAGGAAGCCAACGUCACACCAAUAAAACAAGCUCAUGACACCGCC